UGUUUUUAUAUCGAUAAAAAUAGUACGUUAAGGGCAGCGCUAAGUUUGUGAGGAGACUGCGCAUGAAUGACGAUACUGAUGUGCUGUGGAGAAGCAGAAAAAGAUCGUCAUCACUAACGUUACGCACAGGCUGUGGCUUGUAUUCCAGCGGAAAGUAAUAGCUGGCGAGGACAGGGAGGGCGGACAUCACGAGGGCAGAGCGGCAGACAGAAGUCAGUUUACACCCAGUGUACAUGACAAGAGAAAUGUUACGGUUUGUUUCAUUUUUAUCUUGACCCGGGCGGAGCAUACGAAUAAUGGACGUAUGAAAACCUACACUACCCCAAACCGUGCUUUCGCUUUUAAUUCAAUGCAGAAGAAUAUUUAACACUUUUCUUUUGACGGGACACACCAACAAUCUCGUCGAGGUUGACCGACAUCUAUCAGCCCACUUCACACAAAUGCUGCCCUGCUUGCGAAGCGCCCUGCGGCCGAGCGUCGCGCUCCUACGGCGCGUCAGUGGCGCGGUGCCGCGGGUGCACGGCUGCGGUCUGGGCACACAUCCGCACAAGGAUCCGAUGGAGCCGCUGAACUCUCCGCAAGGCGCUAGGGAAUUCAUCUACAGCCUGCAUCCCACUGAACGCACAUGCCUCCUGCGAGAACUGCACAGGUUUGAGUCAAUGGCCAUAGCUCAAGAGCAAUUUGAGAUGGCACCCCCGACGACUGCACAGCUGAGAUACGUUUUGCUCCAUAAUGCCAUUCCAUUCGUUGGGUUUGGUUUCCUGGAUAAUGCCAUCAUGAUAGUCGCAGGCACCCAUAUUGAAUUAUCUAUAGGAGUCAUACUGGGGAUCUCGACCAUGGCCGCUGCUGCCCUUGGAAACCUGGUCUCGGACUUGGCUGGACUCGGUCUUGCAGGUUACGUGGAAGCGCUGGCCUGUAGGUUGGGUAUGCAGAUUCCUGAUCUGAGUCCCAAACAGGCAGACAUGUGGCAGACCAGAGUCAGUUCUCACACCGGUAAAGCCAUCGGUGUGUUCAUCGGCUGCGUACUAGGCAUGUUUCCUUUACUCUUCUUCAAAGAUGACGACGAGAAAAAGAAAGAAGGAAAAAAAGUUCAGACGGCUUCCAAGGACACCAAAAGCGCGUGAUGAGCCUCUGUGUCGGAAAUCUCAUGUAAAGACGGACUAAUCUGAAGAACAAACCGAUCGCAUUUAGACUCUCGUGCCAGCGGCUGCAGCAGGUUAAACUAACCAUCUGGCAGCAAGUGCAUGAGUUUUUAUCUUUUAAUUGUGUUGAACCCCCCGCAGCGAUGCACAAAUGAAACCGGAGAAUUCUAGUGGUUACUUUGUUUUUAAUUGUGAUGUAUAGUUUUAUUUCAGUCUUAAUAGAAGUGUGGUGUUAGGAGACCCCCGUAUAAAUUGUAUGAUAAUAUUCUUGACCCUCCAUUGAUCCCAUUGAGGCAGAGAUCAUCAGGCCACUGACGCCUGAGUGAUGCUGAAGAAACGUCAUGAACUUAUGAAGGCUGCUUUGGGUGCACAACAGUUUGUUUGUUUAAUGGUAAGUUACGGCACGAUUUUCCUAAAAAUCCUAAAUGAGUGGGAAUGAAUACUAAGGUAUUUCUACAGAAGUUCUUUAUAUAACACUACACUGAUUUUAAAAUGAAGUUUGUUGUAAUUGUUCAAGUAUGUUACAAAGAACCGAAGUCAAAUUAAAGUAACCGCACACACGCACAAUUAUGUAUUUCAGAGCAAGCAAACAAAAAAAUGGAUUAAGUUCUUGUCUAGAAGUUAUUUUAUUUGAGUGUUGUUAUUGUCUUUAAUCAUCUCAACCCCCACACUAAGCUUGGAACAUUACACUAAGCUUGGAAAUCAGAAACGAUGCUUCCUCUUCCCGCCACCAGUUGGCACCAUUGAGUCAUGUUGUAGAAUUACCACUGGGGCAUAUGAGGGGAAAAAAGAGUUUAAUGUUUUUAAGUUCAGACAGUUUUUUUUUAAUUCAAAAUUCAUUUGUUUGCUGGAUUGUUAUGUGCCUUAAUGGAUGUGCAGUCAAUUGUUGCCAUACAUGCAUUUGGAAAUCUGAAUGCUUUCAUUUGUAGACUAAUGCUUAGUGAUUGGCUUGGGGUUUCUCUGAUGUAUCUGGCCCAUAACAGACAUUUUAACCUAUUAACCUAAACACAGGACAUAACUGCUGCUUUGAGGUUGUCAAUGUCAUCAUCUCGAGUCCAGAACAAUUUUUGCCACAAUUCUUGCACAGACAUUUUGUCAUGCUAUGUAUACAUAUAUGUUUGUUGUGUUGUCCGGUUGGCUGUUUAUUUUGUUUGUUUCGAAUACUUUGUUUGUUUAGUCUGCAAAAUUAACACAUCAACAUGAAACCGCAUUUACAACUCAUUUAACUUUUGUAAUGGGGAAAGCAAGAUAUAGAAUGAAAUGAAGGUGGGAUUUUAUUCAGCAGGAAGUGGCAGAAGGGUUUUUUUAUGACAGGUGGUUUGAGUUGGGGUUUAAAAAACAAAACAAAGCUUGGUGACUUUUAAAAAUAUAAAGGAAUUUGAUCAAAGAAUAUGAUGGUAAAGAUUUUAUGAAUAAUAAUAUUGUGCACUAUUGAGUUGUUCACAGCAAGACGAUGUGUUCAGACAGUCAAAAGAAUUGAUUUUGAUUUCACGUUGAUUUAAAGAAUGUCCAGAACACAGAUUAGGUCUUUAUAUUAAAUUACGCUCUUAAUAGUUCUCUUUUAAUUCUGCAUUGUUGUCUAUUAUGACUUAAGAAAGAUGAAUGUCUUAACAGAGCAUUCUGAUACUUCACAGCCUCUGUGAGCACAGCUGACUGGAUCUUUCGUAAGAUUGCGCAACACCGUAACCAUGGCAACUGUCCGUCUCUUCAUUGGAGAGCCACACUACUGAGCUCGGUGGUAGCAUCAGGCUGGUCUAAAAAUAACAAGAUUUUUAUAUAAUUUAAGGGUUGGAGAUAAAGGAAGCACAAACACUUUUUGCUCUCAGACGAACUAAAGCUAGCAUGACGAACUGUUGUGCAUGUGUGUCGUUCUCAGUUGUGAAGUCAAAGAUCAAUGAGAUUAUAUCUAACCACAUAAUAGAGAUUUUGGCAAGUACUGGAAUAUAUAAUGUAUAAUAUGUGGUUCAAAUCACACAGUCAGCUUUGUCCUGUAAUGAUAUAACAGUGGUGUGCAUUUGAAACGUAACUUUGAAACUAUGCAUCAUGAUGAAUGAAAACAAAUGGAAGGAGACGUUUUAUACCUGCAUGCACCUCAAAUGAUUUAUUUAUGUUAUAAGAAUAUUAUAAGUAGUCAUCUGUCAAUCAUUGUUUAGAUUUUUGUUAGAUAAACUUUGUUUAUUGUUCAGUCUUAUUUGCAUGUUGUUAUGGGAACUUUAUGUUGCACUGAAUAAAUCAGCAUCAUGUCCAUAAAAAGAAAACUGACAAAAAAUCACUGUAAACCGUUGCUGAAUAAUUUGAGUGAUUGACGUUUAUGUGUCUGCUAAAAUUUUGCAAUACACGCCAGCUCAGUUAUAAUGAAAGUUGUUCUGCUGUAUGAAAGUGAUUGUUUAAAACAAAUAAAAAAAGCAACAUUUAAUGAGACAGGCUAGUAAAAUUGAUGCGUGCAAUAUGUGCAGUACAGUUAGAACCUGUAGAAGAUCUGCAUACAAAUGAUAAUUUGUUUACAAUUAAUAUUCAUGUUUUGAUAGAAGUGAAAUGGGCAAGAUGGAUUCAUCUCCUGUAAAUGCUCAUAUUAUCGUAGUGUUUAUCCACUAAGAAUACAUUUCAUAAAUCACACAAUGACAUUAUAGAGAAUCCAUUGCUUCCAAAAUGUAGCAGCAGUUGAGAGAGGGCCAUGUUCUGCUCUUUGUGCACAAAG